AUGGUUGAACUGAUCCCCAUUAUCUGCACUUAUGAUGUUGAGCCUUCGGUGCUUUCUAGUAUCGUAGAGACGGCUUACAGCAAGAGCGAAGAUACAUCUGAAGCCCUUCUGGUGUUGUCGGACACCUCCCGCCCCGCAAUCCAACGUUACACGGUCGACGACUUUACCCGCCCACCUGUUGACCAGUCAUUCAAGUCUCCCUUUAUCGGUUGGAGUCUCGAAAGGAUCGCCAAAUUCCUGAAGGAUAACGCAGAUGAUACAGCUGUUGGCUGUUACUACUUUCUUGUUGCCGACGAACGGACCAGCGCGGACAACAGUCUUCUCUUUGUAGACACUCUGUUCAAUGAAAGCGAGGACGAAGGUGACAAUGAAGACAAAGCACCAGAUGAGCCCUUGACGGUGCGACUUGCCCCUGAGUUUGUGAACUCGUACACAGUUGCUAUCGCCAUAGGUUCUAUGGGCACGAACGAGCUGGUGGACGAGACAGACGAGGAUGGAGUGUAUCGCGGUGGAGCCUCAGACGUUGAUGAAGGUGAGGGCUUUGAAGAGUCUGACGCCGAAGAGGAUGGCUCAGACCAGGACACACCCUGA